CAAAAGUAUAAUUAUGCCAAACAUAAGGUACCAAAUUGUAAUUGUCCCUAAUUUACCCUAUAUAAAGAUUAUCUUCCUAGCGCGCUCGCAUCCUUUCGCUGGUUUACAAAGUCCGGGCAAAAUUCUGUUGCCAACGCCUUCAUUCGCCGCCACCCAGCCAGCGUCUCCCCUCCGCCGGCGUCACGCUGCCUUUCUCACAACUAACUAUUGUAUUAUUUUAUAUCUGGUAGACUAGGGUUGUGGUGAGCUUAGGUAUCAUGGUCGAGCAUGGCGGUGCCAAUCCCCCAAUAGAUGGGAAUACUAAUAAUAAUAAUAAUAAUAAUUGUUCAAUUCCUGGAGAAACAAUAGUAUUUGAUGCAGUUGAACACCCUAUGGAAUUAGAACUUGAAUCAGAACUCAAUUUGCAAGAGGAUGAAGAAGAUGGAGAUAAUAGCGACGUUUCUGAAGAAGGCGAAGCAGUUUACGAAUUCCAAUUCGAAGGGGAAAUGGACCCUUUGUCUUUUGCGGAAGAAGAAGAUUCCUCUGGACUGCAGCCUUAUGAACGAUUUGAGCAGAUUCAGCACCAUUACGAAUUCUUGGCUGCUACUGCUAAGAAACGCCCUACUCUUCACAAGUGCCAGAGUGAAAGGCCUGCUAAGAGGUUGAGACAGGAGGAAAUGCUUGGAGCAAGCUUCGAAGAAAUGAUGGAGACCAUGAAUUACGGCGGUAGGAGGAGAAAGUCGAGGAAGGCUAAACGAAAUGGAAGGAGGAAGGGAUCAAGAAAUAAAGCUAACCCUGAAAUGACUCGAAAACUUGGUGAUGCUACACUUUGUUAUGCACACGGUCGUUUUGAAGAGGCCAUCCGUGUGUUGAAGGAAGUAAUUCGUCUUGCCCCAAAUCUAUCUGAUUCAUAUCAUACACUUGGUCUUAUUUAUACUGCAAUGGGCGAUAAGAAGAGAGCCUUAAAUUUCUACAUGAUUGCGGCACAUUUGAAUCCGAAGGAUGCUUCCUUGUGGAAACUUCUUGUCACCCGGUCAAUAGAGGAAGGGAACACAAGGCAGGCAAAUUAUUGUCUUAGUAAAGCAAUAAUAGCAGAUCCAGAAGAUAUUGGACUUCGUUUUCAUCGAGCUUCAUUAUAUAUUGAGCUCAGAGAGUAUCAAAAAGCCGCUGACUCGUAUGAGCAAAUCUCUCACCUCCGUCCUGAUAACAUUGAAGUGCUGGGAAAAGCGAUACAGCUCUAUAAAAGAUGUGGACAACAUGAGCGAGCUAUCUGUAUGCUGGAGGACAGUAUCAAGAAUCAUGGAAAUAUUACUAAUUUAAGUGUGGUUGAUCUCUUAACUUCAACACUCAUGGAGAGAAAUGAAUACGCGAGAGCUCUUGAACAUAUUGAGUGCACACAGCAUGUUUUUGGUACUGGAAAAAAAAUUCCGCUAUAUUUAACUAUAAAAGCUGGAAUAUGCCACGUCCAUCUUGGACACCUGGAGAAAGCUGAGGCUUACUUCAAUGUUUUAAAACCAGAGGAUACAUCUGCUCAUCCUGCAUUAAUUCUUGAUUUUGCUGCCUCGUUGAUGACUGUUGGGCAUCAUGAAUCAGCAUUAAAGUAUUAUAAGAUAUUGGAAGAAGAUGCAGAUAAGUACAAUGGCUACAUAUAUUUGAAUAUUGCGAGGUGUUAUGUUUUCCUGAGGAAAGGGGUGCAGGCGAUUGAUUAUUAUUACAAAGCUGUUAAAAAACAUAACAACAAUAUUGACGCUCGGUUGAUGUUAUCAUCUCUUCUUCUUGAAGAAGGUAGAGAUGAUGAAGCCAUUUGUGUGCUCUCGCCUCCACUAGAACCAGAAUCAGCUCUUGACACAAAAUCAGGUACAUCUGAAUUGUGGUGGCAAAGUGGGAUGAUAAAGUUAAAGCUUUCCCAAAUUUAUAAAGCCAAAGGGUCAUUGGAGGCGUUUGCAGAUGUAUUGUUUCCUGUAAUUCGUGAGACAUUGUUUCUCGAAACAGUCCAGCAAAAGGUUAAAUCUCGUAAACGGCUGUCUACAAGUGUUCUUUCAGAAAGGACGAAAGUGCUAGAUGAUCAUCAAACUGACAACGUGUUUCGUGGAUUCAGGCCUAUAGCUUCAUCUGCAGAUCUGUCUAAAGCUGCCAGAGCAAAGAAGUUACUCCAAAAGAAGGCUGCAGUGAAGGAAGCGAAAAGAGCUGCAACAUUGGCUGCUGGUUAUGAUUGGAUGAGUGAUGAUUCAGAUAAUGAAUCUCCAAAAGUAUUCCGGAAGCCUCCUUUGCCCGACUUUCUAAAAGAAGAGGAAAAUCUUCUUUUGAUUGUGGAGUUAUGCAAGUCAUUAUCCUCGUUGAAGAGGUAUUGGGAUGCACUAGAGAUAAUCAAUCUCAGUCUGAAACUGGAAUGCAACACAUUGUCUCUGCAGAUGAAAGAAGAGCUUCGAACGCUUGGUGCUCAUAUAGGAUAUAAAAUUGCUGAUCCUGCACAUGGCUGGGAUUACGUGCGUUACAUUGUUAGUCGGCAUCCUCACAGUUUUUCUGCCUGGAAUUGCUACUAUAAAGGAAUAUUGAGAAAUAAUCGACUCUUGAGGAACAACAAGUUCCUUCUCAGCAUGAAAACGAAGCACAAAGAUUCUGUACCACCCAUUCUUAUUUCUGGACACAAGUAUACCAUGAUGAAUCAGCAUCAAGCAGCUGCUCGUGAAUAUUUGGAAGCUCAUAAAUUGAUGCCUGACAAUCCCUUGAUAAAUCUUUGUGCAGGAACGGCUUUGAUAAAUUUGGCCCUUGGCCUCAGGCUUCAAAACAAGCACCAGACUGUGUUACAAGGGCUUUCAUUUCUCUUUAAAAACGCCCAGAUUUGUGGAAACAGCCAGGAGUCGUUAUACAACAUCGCUCGAGCAUAUCACCACAUUGGUCUCGUUGAUUUGGCUGUCAAGUAUUAUGAGAAGGUAUUGGCUAUUAGAGAGAAGGAUUAUCCAAUCCCAAUCCUACCAAAUGAUAAUCCGUGUGAUUCGGGUAUCAAAAGGCCAGGAUAUUGUGAUCUUCGUAGAGAAGCUGCUUACAAUCUCCAUUUAAUUUAUAAGAAAAGUGGGGCUUUUGAUCUUGCUAGGCAAGUCUUGAAAGAUCAUCUCGUCUUGUGAUACACUUAGUCACAUAUAUGUAUAUAUACAAAUUCCACUGUACAUAUAGGUUUUCAAGUAUAUUUAUGUAUUUAAAAAUAAACUAUUUUUGCCAUCAUUAUUUCUUGUAGCUGUUAAAAAACCUAAUGACAGUAUCGGAGGUGGGUUAAUGCUAACGUGUCUUCUUCUUGACAAAGCCAUUUAUGCGCUCUCGCCUACAGUAGAACCAUGUAUUUAUGCUUUAAUCAAACUUGUGAUAA